CUCUGAUUCUCAUAAAGAUGACCAGGCCUGCACUUUCCUUAACUUGCCAGAGUCGGGAAGGAGGAUGUGCGAUAACCUAGAAGAUUCACUGGCAGCCCAGGUCCUCCGCUCUGCAGUUGAGGUUUCAGGUUUCAAUCCUCGCAGGACCACGAGACGUUACUGCGUGCACGGUGCGGCUGCCGCCUCCGCCUCGGCGCCUCAGACAGAGCCCCGCGCGAGAGACGACUUCAGAGGCGCGGCCGCGCGCUCCGCCUGCACACGCCGAGGUUGGGCCCCGCGGCAGAGGCUGCUCCCAGGCUGCGCUAGCUGGGCGCGCUGGGAGGCGGCGAUCACAGCUGGGCCGGGACUUCCUUCCUCCACCGUAGGACAACAAAACAACCCGGCAGCAGGCGCUGAGCUCUUGGCAGCUCGCUGGGCGAGAGGCGCAGCGAUGGGCUCGGUGCUGAGCAGCGAUAGCGGCAAAUCUGCGCCCGCCUCGGGCACCCCGCGGGCCUUGGAGCGCAGGAGGGACCCCGAGCUGCCCGUCACGUCCUUCGACUGCUCCGUGUGCCUCGAGGUGUUGCACCAGCCUGUCCGGACCCGCUGUGGCCACGUGUUCUGCCGUUCCUGUAUUGCUACCAGUCUAAAGAACAAUAAGUGGACCUGUCCUUAUUGCCGGGCAUAUCUUCCUUCCGAAGGAGUUCCAGCAACUGAUGUAGCCAAAAGAAUGAAAUCAGAGUACCAGAAAUGCACCGAGUGUGACACCCCGGUUUGCCUCAGUGAAAUGAGGGCACACAUAAGAACUUGUCAGAAGUACAUAGAUAAGUAUGGACCACUACAAGAACUUGGGGAGACAGCAACAAGGUGUGUAUGUCCAUUUUGUCAGAGGGAAUUGGAUGAAGACAGCUUGCUGGAUCAUUGCAUUACUCAUCACAGAUCAGAAAGGAGACCUGUGUUCUGUCCACUUUGCCGUUUAAUACCUAAUGAGAAUGCAAACAGCUUCAAUGGCAGUUUAAUAAGACAUUUGCAAGUCAAUCACACUUUGUUUUAUGAUGAUUUCAUAGAUUUUAAUAUAAUUGAGGAAGCUCUUAUCCGAAGGGUCUUAGACCGCUCACUUCUGGAGUAUGUGAAUCACUCGAACACCACAUAAUUUUAUUAAAAGGAAAACAAAGGAGAUCAUACAGUUGCACCAUGUGUUAACAUGCUGCUUGAACAAUUGAAGGGAAAUGGUCAAUGUUUGAUGAGCAAAAAUGUACAACACAGUUAAAUGUCCGUGUUUGUUCUUAUAUUGCAUUUUAAAACUGCUUUCAUUUUGAUGGUUUAAAUCUGUUUUACAUUCUUGAGUUUCUUAGACACUUAAUGACAAAAAAUAGUCUCCAUCAGCCAUUAAUAUAUGGAAGAGAACAUAAGGCUGGGUAUGUGAGUGAAGGAUCUUUAUUUGCAAAUUGGAUGACACUGUGUGUAAUGCUACAUAUUAAUAAUUACCAUCAUGGCUGGGCAAGAUAACUAAUCUUUGUUCUAUGUAAGAAGACGGAGAGUGAAACAGAGUGUGGACAUUCAAGGAAAUAUGAAAUCUAUUCCAAUGCUCAUAUUCUAAUCUCUAAUGGAAUAACAUGAAUAAUCUCGUAUGACAGUAGGAAAGGAAAAUUUUGGAAGUCAACAAAUUCCAUUUAACCAAAUUGUGUAACAUAAUACUGUAACAAAAUAAAUUUUGUGUUAGGAAUGUAUACUUAAUUCUUUGACUUUUUAUAACUAUGCACACAUGAGAAUUUAAUAUUAUAUUUUUCAAAUAUUUGUAGCUUAUUAUUUAGAAAUAUUUCUAUAAUAUAGGCAAUUUUUUAAGAACCAUCAGCUGAUAUUUACAGUAGAAAUAUUCACAUCCAUAAUUUUUAGUGGAAAACCCUAAGGGCUUUGAUUUUUUUUUUAUCCUUUAGAAAAAUUAUAAAAUAAAACAUAAAUACUGAAAACCAAAUAGAAAACAUAUAGCUUAUUACAUUAUUAUAGGGAACUACUCUCUUAGAACUCUGCCAGCCACCCUGGAUGUCUUGUGUGUGUCCUGUCACAGUUAACAAUCCUCUUCCCCACCCCACAAAAGUAACCACUAUGUUGAUUUCAAUUGUAGUCACUUCUUUCCUGUCUUUAUCAUCAUCCAAGUGUGUAUCUCUACACACUAUAUUUUAAUCUUAUCCAUUUAAAAUUGUUUUGUUAGUUAUCUCUUUUACAUCUCUUUUUAAUCUACAGCUUCCCCUUUCUUUCAUUUCCUUAAAAUUUACCAGUUGAAGAACCUGGUCUUAUGACCUAUAAAGUUUCCCACAAUCUGUGUUUUGCUGAUUGGGUACUCAUGGUGCAAUCCAGCCUGUUCCUCUCUCCUCUGGAUGUUGACACAUGGAUCCAGAGGUCUGAGCAGACUCGGGUUCAGUCCUUUUGGCAAGACUACAUGUCAUGGUGUGCUCUUUCAUCUGAAGGCACUUAUGUCUGGUUCUCUCUUUUUGUGAUGUCAGCUGAAAUUGAUACUCAGUGCCUAGAUCCAUUGUGAGUUGGAGAAUAUUCUAUCAUUUCUUUUUCAUUUAUUAGUUGGAAUAUUUUUAUAAAGAGAUGUUUCCCUACAUCUACUAUUUGGUUAACCAGUGGUAAAUUACAUAUAGAAAAGGGAAAGUAAAUAUUUGAAUUUUCCCUUUACCUAUUUUCAAGGUAAUAGACUUGUUUCCUAUCAUCUUCCAGAGAUCACUUUUUUUUAAAGUAUUAUAAACUCAUGGAUUCAAGCAUAUUUGAUAGGCUUCAAUCCAUUUCAAAUUUUACCUUAUUAAAGCUCAAAUUGUCCCAUCUUUGGCCAUUGGGAGCCUCAUCAAGUUGGUUCGAGUCCUUUUGACAUUAUUCUAGCAGUCUUUAACAGCCUCCUUGCUGUCUCCUAUGAUAGAUAUUCCAGGCUCAACUUGUAUGUUUCCUGCCCCCAGACCUGGAAUCAGCCGUUUCUCUGAGAAGCCUGGUUACUUACAGUGAGAAAUGGCAUUUCAAAACCAUAAUUGGGGUUCUAAGGAUGCUCAUUGCUAUUAGAUUGGUCAUUGUUUCUCGGAGAGAGCUAGGAAAUAUCUAUUUUUUUUAAGGGUAAAACAUUUUAUGAGUUUAUUUUGAUACUUCCAAAUCAAAUUGAGUACUACAGGUUUUUACCUAAUCCUUUCCAUUACAACUGUAUCUCCAUUUUUUCUAUGUUGAUAAUCCUGGUUUUCAAGGACACAGGGCAUGAUAAAAUUAGAAUAUCCCACAAUUAUUCAUUUCCUUUAUCUACCUUAUAUAUACAAUAGUCUUAGAAUAACAAUACUAACACAACUACCACCAGUAUGAUAACCAAAACUGUUAAAAAUGUUUCCAUAUGCUCUCCCCAUUCUCCCUCUAUUUUUUAAAGUCAUACUACAUCAACAUUUUCAGAACAUACUGGUAUAGCAUGCUAUACUCUCUCCCUUCUAGCUCCCAUUUAAUCUUAGUUCUUCAAGUAACUGUAUAUUCAGUGCUUGCCACCAGCCUUUAUUUGAUGGCCAUGACUUUUUUUCAUAUCUUGCUUUUUAAUGAUGAAUCCAGGACAUAGAAUAAUGUUUCCAUCUUGAAAGUAAGCACAGAAGCUAUAAAGAUUAGUGAUAUCAACUCCUGAGGAUAGAAGGUUAUUUGGCUAUAGUUAGCUUUGUAAUUGUAAUCAUUUAUAAACUUCUUUGUUCCUUACACGUAAAUGUAGUCAUAAUCAUGGUGCCCAAAAUUUUAUGUAAUAAAUUAUCCAUUACUUCUUUAAA